AUCACCCACCGGAAGAAAACGAACGAGAAAAAUCAAAGAAAGUAAGGAAAGCAGAAGGAAACCAGAGAGAACAUCACCCCGAAAGUGCUGCUCCACCAAAGUUGCAACCUUUUAUGUUUUCUUGAGCUGGAAAUCUGAGGCUGCUCUUUCAAGAUCCGGCCUUUUCCUUUCGGUUCCCUGAGUUUCUUGGAGUUGGCCACUGUGAAGAGGAAAUCUGGGGGUUUCUUUUUGUUUGGAUGGGACUUUGCUGGAGUAAUCAAAUCAAAGCAUAUAGUCCUUCAAAUACAGGGCUGAAUUCGAAGGGUGGUAGUAGCAGAGAUGGCAGAAAUUUGAGCAAUUCGAGUAGCAAGGAUUCAUUACCUCACACUCUUAGGAGUGAAGGUGAGAUUCUGCAGACCUCCAACUUAAAAGUCUUCAGCUUUAGUGACCUGAAGUCAUCUACCAGAAACUUCAGACCGGAUAGUGUGCUUGGAGAAGGUGGGUUCGGAUCAGUCUUCAAAGGAUGGGUCGACGAGAAUUCACUAUCUGCUACCAAACCCGGGAGCGGCAUUAUAAUUGCUGUGAAGAGACUGAAUCAGGAUGGGUUCCAAGGCCACAAAGAAUGGCUGGCGGAAAUAAAUUAUCUUGGGCAGUUACAUCAUCCAAACCUGGUCAAACUGCUCGGCUACUGCUUGGAGGAUGACCAUCGUCUUUUGGUUUACGAGUUCUUGUCCCGGGGCAGUUUGGAGAAUCAUUUAUUCAGGAGAGGUUCUCAUGUUCAUCCCCUUUCUUGGGGCAUUAGAAUGAGGGUGGCUCUGGGGGCUGCGAGAGGGCUGGCCUUUCUUCACAGCAGUGAAGUACAAGUUAUAUAUCGGGAUUUCAAGGCAUCUAACAUUCUUCUCGACACGAACUACAACUCCAAGCUUUCUGAUUUCGGGUUAGCAAGGGAUGGUCCAACCGGUGAUAAAAGCCAUGUCUCUACCAGGGUUAUGGGAACUUAUGGAUAUGCAGCACCAGAAUAUCUAGCAACAGGUAGCUAUCUCAAUUUGUGUUCUCGCGUCGUUGUGAGAAGUCCUUGUUUUGUUCUUUUACUGAUACUAGAAAAUUGGCCCGCGCUCUGCGGCGGGUACUGAUGAAUUAGUAUUGAAAAUUAAUAUAGUCCUUAGAUGGAGGUGAACAUCUUAAGUGGUUUGAGAAGAAUUGUGGGUUAACCUGAGACAGGUGUACUAACUGCUGUAAUUAUCUUCAUAAUCUCCUUAGAAAAUUUGAUAGGAUUUUGGAAUAAAUAGUUUAAUUUACAAUUAUACAACAUGACUUCAAAUUUGAAUAGUUGAAUGUAUGAUAAUAAUUUAUGGUAUUUCUUAGGCAAUUAUUGAUUCGUGAUUUGUAGAGGUGGCAAAUCGAUUGGAUUUAUGGAUUGGUAGAUCUAUGGAUCAAAUGGAUUGGUGGAUUGAUCCAUGAAUCCAAAUAAAAUCCAAGUCUUGACCAAUAUGUAAAUUUUGAGAAGUUUAUGUGCUAAAAUCAUAUAAUAAAAGUUUAGGUACUAAACUGCUAUAAUAAAAAUUUUAAGGUACCAAAUCAUAAUUUUCCAAUGAUAUUUUUGUAUAAGAAAAUAAAUUUAGGUACCAAAUUGUAAAAUAUAAAAACUAUAGGUACUAAAUUGUAAUUUGCUAUUUGGAUCCGUGCAUCAAUCCAUAAUCCACCAAUCCAAUUGGAUUUGGAUCAAAUGGAUUAAAUUUAAAUGGAUUGGAUCUCUUGGAUAUUUAAGUGAAUGGAUUGAUUAAGUGGAUGGAUUGAAUUGGAUCAUAAAUUGCUACUCUAGUGAUGUGUGGCAAGAUGGUAAUGUACUUUAGUAAAAUUUAGCUUAUAAGUGGUAUUUAAACUUUGUACAAUAUAAACCAAGAAAGAAUACAUUGUCCUUAUACCUGAUUUUUACCCUUUUUUAUAGGCUCCAUAUUGGGGUGGUAAUGAGGUGGAUUUCCAUAAAACAUCAUCAUCCUCCUUUUCAAAUAGUUAAACUCGUACUCAUCCCAUACUCAUUUGAGGGAAGUUUUUGCAACCCUAACAUCAUACCCGCAAUUUUCUGGUACUUAUGUGUAAUAGAAGCCUCAUAUAUCCAAUAUUAUUAUGCCUAGAAUUCAACAUGUAGAUAUUCAAUUGUAACACCAAACGGACCUAGUGAUCAUGAAAUCAACAAAAUUACAACUAUUCUCAAUAUGAAUUCAAAGCAUACAAUCCUAGAAUAUACAUUAAUUCAUGAGAUACAAUACUAUCCAAAUCAUUCAUCUCUAACUUCGACAUAUCAAUUAAACAGUAAACUACUGAACAAAAGGAAAAAUGUGAAAGUGUAAAGGGAGAAUUGAUGGAAAUAAUUACAUUUGAACUCUUUAUUUUUUUUAAAUUACCCUCCCGUCAUAAAGAGAUUACAAUAUACUGUUGACAAAUUAUUUAGAAAGGUUUAUGUACUGUUGACAAAAUUAAUAGACAUUGACCUAGGUACUAUGAUGACCAUUUCAUAUUCUUCACAGCUAUACCGUCCAUUAUACAUAUACAGUUUACAUUUUUAUCGCUCUAAUGAAAGAAAAGUUUACAAAGACGAAAUAAAGGUUUUACUUAAUAGCAAACUUAUUGUUAUUUUAAGUACGGUAAUAAAUACUCCGUUUAAUACAUGUAUAUGUAUUCGUAUGUAUUUUAUCCCUUUAAAACUUUUGUAUUCGUAUUAUUGUCAAGUCUUUUCAUUUUUUUCGUUCAUUAAAUGACUCAUGUACUAAACACGUAAAAAACCCGUAUAACAGGUUUAAUAUCCGUAUUUAAUGAAUUAAAUUGUUUAUAAUUAUUUAUAUUUUUUUAAUAAUUAAUUUUUGUGUGUAUGACUAUUAACGAACUAUUAAACGUAACAUUAACUU